AGGCGGCAGCGGCAAGCAACGAACGCGAUCGCGCGCCGACGACGACGCGCGGUGCCGGCGCCUGGUGGUGCCGUGUUGCGGACUCCGCUGCAUCGCCUCGGUCGGUCGUCGUCAUAUCAUGGGUGUCCGGCUGCCGGUGGCGUGGUCCGCCGUCCUCGUCCUCCUCGUGCGGGCGGCCGUGGCGCGGGAGUACGCGGCCAUCUUCAACUUCGGGGACUCCCUGGUGGACGCCGGCAACCUGGUGGUGGACGGCAUCCCGGACUACCUGGCCACGGCGCGCCUGCCCUACGGCAUGACCCACUUCGGCUACCCCACCGGCCGCUGCUCCGACGGCCGCCUCGUCGUUGACUUCAUCGCGCAGGAGCUGGGCGUGCCGCUGCUGCCGCCGUCCAAGGCGAAGAACGCGACGUUCCACCGCGGCGCCAACUUCGCGAUCACGGGCGCCACGUCGCUGGACACGCCCUUCUUCGUGGAGCGCGGGCUGGGGAAGACGGUCUGGAACUCGGGGUCCCUGCACACGCAGAUCCAGUGGUUCCAGGACAUGAAGCCCAAGCUGUGCGGGCAGGAGCAGGAGUGCCGGGACCUGUUCCGGCGGUCGCUGUUCAUCGUGGGCGAGUUCGGCGGGAACGACUACAACUCGCCGCUGUUCGCGUUCCGGCCGCUGGCGGAGGCGCACGACAUGGUGCCGCACGUGGUGGAGUCCAUCGGGCGGGGCGUGGAGCGGCUCAUCGCGGAGGGCGCCGCGGAGCUGGUGGUGCCCGGGGUGCUCCCCAUCGGCUGCUUCCCCGUCUACCUCUCCAUCUUCCGCAGGCAGCCGGCCGGCGGCUACGGCGCCCGCAGCGGCUGCGUCAAGGAGCUCAACACGCUGUCGUGGGUGCACAACGCCGCGCUGCGCCGCAAGGUCGAGGAGCUCCGCGCCAGGCACCCCGGCGUGCGCAUCGUGUACGCCGACUACUACACGCCGGCCAUCCAGUUCGUCCUCCACGCCGAGAAAUACGGGAUGCUGAAGCAGACGCCGCGGGCGUGCUGCGGCGCGCCGGGCGUGGGCGAGUACAACUUCAACCUGACGUCCAAGUGCGGCGAGCCGGGGGCGUACGCGUGCCCGGACCCCUCCAACCACUGGAGCUGGGACGGCAUCCACCUCACGGAGGCCGCCUACGGCCACAUCGCCAGGGGCUGGCUCUACGGGCCCUUCGCCGACCCGCCCAUCCUCGACGCCAAGCACCUCGGCUAACGUCGUCCAUCCACCGUCUUCUCCAACGCCGGCCCCGCCCGCCCAGUACAGACUACUCCUCCGGCUCUGGGCGCCGUCGUAUGUGCGUCCUUAUUACCGACCUGCAAAUUGGAUUGGUUGCUUGUAGUAGAAGUGUAGAGAGAGCGAGACAGAGAUAGAUGACAAACACGAAACGAACCGGAAGGAGGACGAUAAGGCGCGCGUGCCGGCCGGUCUUCUACUCCUCUCUGUUCAUAGCUGUCCCAUAUCUAUCGUAGUCAAGAAAACUGAGCAGGGAAAGAAACCGGGCGAUAUUUCUGUUGCAUCUUGCUUUGUUUGAGAGUGUGCGUGCGUGUGCGGCCAGCUCGAUCUGAAGUCGAUAGGCAGGUGCGUCGCGUCGUGGAUGAACUGGUCCGUGGACGUGAUCUUGUUUAUUUUUUUAAGGAGCAGGUGUUGUCAAAAGUCCAUCGCUAAGAUGUGC